AUGUUGUCGCAAGCGUCGAUAUCUGCAACAUUUCUCCUCCUCCUAGCGUCGCUCCCGUCCAGCACGCCCACCUGCUUCCUCCCCAACGGCACCGCGCACCAGGACGAAGGAACUUCGCGCUGUUCUUCCAUAUCUGGCUCCCCGCUCUACAACACAUGCUGCCAAACGCAAUGGCCGAACCCACCGGGCGGCGAUGUUAUAAACGGCCCUACAGCGGAUGAAUGCAUGCCGAACGGGCUGUGUCAGAACAGAGGCUUCAGCAGCGCACCUGGACAAGAAGCAGAGCCAUGGACGCAUUUCUACCGGGUUUACUGUGCGAAUGCGAACUGGGAGGGUUGCUUGGAUGUCUGCAGAGACGGGAAUCUAGCAGACUCCGUCUCACAAUUGACGCCUUGCGACGGAACAGCCAAAUCAGAGUACUGGUGUUGUGGAGACAGCAACGCAUGCUGUUCGGCCUCCGCUGAUGCGCUGGUAUCAAAGAGAAUCAGGAUUCCAAAGGAACUCGGAGGCGAGCAAGUAGCUUCUGCGAGUGCGGGGCUGGCAUCGCCAAGUGCUGGACCGGCUUCCUCACGUGUGGGCACGGCUUCUUCGAUCGGGAGCACGAUAACUAGGAGUGCAGCACCCGUAGCGACGGGGACGGGAACGGGCGAGGAACCCACGCCAUCGUCCGACGCAGCGAACCUGUCCGGCCAGAACGAAGAGCAGAAGGAUGAGGGCAAAUCGAACUCGGGACGCAACAUCGGUAUCGGCGUAGGUGUCGGCGCUGGAGUCGGUGCUCUGCUAGGUAUUGCAGUGACUAUUCUACUGCGAAGACGGAAGUCAAAGCAGAAGACCCGGGAGAUUGAAAACGAGAUUGCGGAAGAGAGGCAGAAGCAGGAUUCAGCCAAAGGGUACCACCACGUGGCUGAGAUGCCGCAUCAGGAACCGGGCUGA